AUGCCCCUAAAGGCCCUAAAAGGGGUCCUUGAGCCCGUUUUUUUCCCAGCUUCUGGCGCUCCAGCUUCGACCGGCGAGAGUCUCGCCCAGUCGGGCCAGAUCAAGACCGGCGUUAAGGCCAACGGGAUGCACGGGAGGGUGGUGGGUUCGGUGGGGGCUACGGGGGCGUCUUCGGAGGGCGGGGUGUGCGGGCAGGCGGCUGCAGAAAAUUGUAAGGAGAGGAAGGAAGGUAGCGAGGCGAAGGGUCUCUCGGAGGAGAACCCCGAGGUGGAGGUGGGGGAUGGUUUCGACGCAGGGGCGGAGGCAGAAUUGUCGAGGGCGGUGACGGAGCGGGACGUCGAAGGUGACGGCGAUAGUACCGUGGGGCUGAAGGGGGAGAAGGGCGCUGACUCUGACUCGGUGGCGCCUCGUCAAGCUGGAAAGUUGCUCAAGACGGAACAAGGCAAAUCCUUUCGCUCGGAUAACAAGGGAAUCACCGUCAUGGAGGCGGCCCUCAUGAUCGUGAUUCAACAGCUUUAUGUGUGGACCAGGGACCUUCAGUGCUCGUCACUGACGCUCAACGAAGCAUGCCGGCGCGCACCGACUUUGGUGGUGAUGGUUGGUGGAGGCUACAUGCCACUCGAACGCCUGGCUGGCAGCAAGAAGAACCACGAGGCCGGAGUGCCCCCGGCUAUGGCCGGCGACAUGAUGACCAGGCCAGGCCUCAUGCCGGAGUCAAAAAGGGUACCUCAAAUACUUCCGCGCGGUCUGGUGUGGUGCCUGCCCCUGGAGGCGUUCGGACAGGGUGACGUUGACCUCCCAGUUGUGCGUACCUUCGACUCACCGAGGCAGCCUAUCUGCCGGACGACUUGA